CUAGUUUCUUCAAUAACUCAAUCAAUCACUCAGAAGCCAAAAUGGAGAUGAUGCAGCAAAUGAUGAUGGGCGGCCGCCACAACCAGGACAUGGCAGGCGAGCGCAACGCAGCCGACACCGCCGAGACAGUGUACAUUUCAUCGCUCGCCCUGCUCAAGAUGCUCAAGCACGGCCGUGCAGGCGUCCCAAUGGAGGUCAUGGGCCUGCUGCUCGGAACGUUCGUCGACGAUUACACCAUCUCGGUUAUUGACGUGUUUGCCAUGCCUCAGAGCGGCACGGGCGUCUCCGUCGAGGCCAUCGACCACCCGUACCAAACGGCCAUGAUUGCACAGCUCAAGCAGACCGGUCGCAUGCAGGACGUGGUUGGGUGGUACCACUCCCACCCGGGCUUUGGCUGCUGGCUGUCGGGCGUCGACGUUGAAACGCAGCAGUCGUUCGAGAAGACGCACCGCCGAUGCGUCGCCGUCGUCAUCGAUCCCAUCCAAUCCGUGAAGGGCAAGGUCGUGAUUGACGCCUUCCGCACCAUCGAUCAACAGCUCGUCAUUCUCGGUCAGGAGCCGCGCCAGACGACCUCCAACCUCGGCCAUCUGCACAAGCCGUCCAUCCAGGCCCUCAUCCACGGCCUCAACCGCAACUACUACUCGCUGCCAAUCAACUACCGCAAGAAUGAGCUUGAGCAGAAAAUGCUGCUCAACCUGCACAAGAAGUCGUGGUCGGAUGCGUUGACCAUCAAGGACUACCACCAACACGACAAGACAAACUCGGAGAAGGUCGAGGCUAUGCAAGAUCUGGCCAAGCAAUACCACAAGCUCGUCGAAGAAGAGGACAAGCUGACGCAAGAGCAACUCGCCGUCAAGCAUGUGGGCAAGCAAGACCCCAAGCGACACUUGCAAGAGGAGGUGGACACGCUCAUGACAGACAACCUUGUGCAAUGCAUCGCCGCAAUGCUCGGGUCGCGAUGCUUCUCCGAGCGGGGUGAACAUGGGCAUUCGCAUGACGGACAUUCACACGAGGCGAUGGACACCCGAACAGACGGUGCCAGUGAUCACAUUGUUGUUUAAAACAAACUAGUAAAGCAGAUUCCACUGAUAA